AUGAGGGCAGCUCUCGCCCUGCUGCUGCUUUUAGCCGCUGCGUAUGCCGAGCACCGAGGUAAAGCUUAUGUCCGGGACAAAGUCUGCCAGGAGUUCAAGACGCUGGGGAAAGAGAACUUCCGAACCCUAAACAUAAUCGCCAACAGCAGGAAAUUCUCCAAUGCCACUUUCGAGGAGAUCAGCCACCUUGUCCAUGAAAUCGUCUCCUUGGCUGAAACCUGCUGUGUCGAAGGUGCCGACCCCUCCUGCUACGAUGCCGGGUCCUCAGCUCUGUCAGCCAAAUCCUGCAAGAAGGGCUCGCCCUUCCCAGACCACCCCGACGCGGCUGGCUGCUGCGCCCAGGAGGGGCUGGAGCAGAAGCUGUGCCUGGCUGCCCUGCGGCACCCACCCCAGCAGCUGCCCCGCUACCUCCAGCCCUCCAACGAAGAGCUCUGCCAGGCCUUCAAGAAGGACCCCAAGGACUUUGCAGACAGGUUCCUGCAUGACUACGCCAGCAGCUACAGCCAGGCGCCCCUCCCAGUGCUCCUGGGCUCCACCAGGACCUUCCUCUCCAUGGUCUCCACCUGCUGCAUCUCCCCCACGCCCACCGCCUGCUUCCUGAAGGAGAAACUGGAAAGGAAAUCUCUCUCCCUCCUCACCCUGAUGUCAAACCGUGCUUGCUCCCGUUUCACAGCAUAUGGGAAGGAAAAAGUUACCUUCAGCUACCUCACCUCGCUCGCUCAGAAGAUACCCAGUGCUUCCUUCGAGGACCUUUUCCCCCUGGCAGAAGAUGCUGCCGAGAUGUUUUCGCAGUGCUGCGACUCAGUGGCCGAGGACUGCAUGCAGAAGGAGCUCUCAGAGCACACGGCCAAAGCCUGUGGCACACUGUCAGCCCGGGAUGAAAGGUUUGCUGACUGCUGCAAGGGGAAAAACCUCAUGCAAAACUAUUUCUGCAUCUCGGCCUUGCCACCGGUGCCUGCCCCCAAACUGCCAGAGGCGCAGAAGCCGACGAACAAGCAGCUGUGCAGCGAGGAAGGGGCUCGCCACGCCAAGAGGUACCUGUUUGAGCUGGCGCGGAGGCACACCAGCGUCCCCGACGCCUUCCUCGGCAAGCUGUACGAUGCCUGCCAAAAAGUGAGGGGCGAGUGCUGCUCUGCCAAGGACGCCUCUGCCUGACUGGACACCCAGCACCAGCAUAUGGCAGAAGAGCUGCCCCGCUUCCUAGAAAAGGCCAACCAGCUCUGCGGGCAGUACACCGAGUUGAAUUUCCUUGACUUCAAGAAGAGGCUGCGGGAGAGCUUGAUGAAGAUGAUGCCAGAGGCCAGCCCUGAUCUGCUGGGGCAGCUGGGCUGGGAGAGGCGUGCGAUGGGGGCUCCUGCCUGCUGGGCUAGGUGCCCUGAGGUGAGCGGCCGGGGCAGGGCUCCGGCAUGCCGGCAUCGGGGACCACUUCUCCGGCCGUGCACGGAUGGAGGGGGGAGUUAUGGGGCUGGGGAAAGGGGCAACGGCCACAUGCCCAGGGCUGAGCUCUGCAGGGCACGCAGGGAAGAGGGACGUCGAAAGGGAGCACGAGGGAACAGGGCUGGAGGACGCCUGGCAGACGGCUGCUUUUCCUUGCACCGGGAGAGGAAGGUGCCACCGAGCCUGCAGCUCCCUGCUGCCUGCCAGCAACACCACCGACGGAUUCAGGCAGCUGCAAUAAAGACUUAA